AUGGCAACCUCGUUUCUUACAGAUCCUCCAACGCAUAUAUAUACGGAUUAUAUAUCAGGAACGGGGAAUUUGGCCUCCUUGAUUCUACGAUUAAGCUCCCCUCAAUCGCGGCCAUUUUCUCCGCAGUGGCUCUGGGCCUCAUGCGAGGACCCACUCUGUCUAUCAGAUACUAGAAGAUGUAUUAACAGAUUGUACAGUUGGAAGAAGCAAGAACAAGUACAAUGCACAUGUGUUAUUGCACAUAACCUCCCGACCUAUCCAAAGCCCCAGAGAUUGACCUGGCCGUUGAAAUUGAUCGCCAGCACGGCUUACAAUGAUGAUGAUGAUCCGCACAGUCAAACUCAAGCCGGCGCCCCUUCCGAAGUGAUGUUCUCCUUACCAGGAACCCUAAACAAGCCAUUCCGGAACAAAAUGAACGUCUCUAUGUGGCUGCAGCUACAGUGCCUUGGUGGAACGAGCAUAAGUCUAGCUUGCUUGAUCACCUGGACUCCGGAUAAUUUGUCAAGAUUCAUGGCAAUUGAAAAUGUUCCGGAGCAUAGCGAAAACGGCGAAGAGGAACCGCCGCGGUCCAAAGGCGAUUGA